CAAGGAGGAGGACGCUAAGCCACCAACCAGAAGAAGUAGCAGCGGAACAGGGCAAGUGCAGGGACGCAGAGAAGAAUGGCAGCAUCUCUUCAAGCGGCCGCCACUCUCAUGCAGCCAUCCAAGGUUGGCGUCGCCAGCCGAAGCAUCGGAGGGCAGCAGUUGAGGUCCGGUUCUCACCUCUCCAGGGCGUUCGGGUUCGAGCCGACGGCCGCUAGGCUCACCUGCUCUCUCCAGUCGGACCUCCGUGAUUUGGCCCACAAGUGCUCCGAUGCUGCCAAGCUCGCCGGUUUCGCGUUGGCCACCUCCGCCCUCGUCGUUGCGGGAGCGAGCGCAGAGGGCGUGCCCAAGAGGCUGACGUACGACGAGAUCCAGAGCAAGACGUACAUGGAGGUGAAGGGCACGGGCACGGCCAACCAGUGCCCAACCAUCGACGGCGGCGUCGACUCCUUCGCCUUCAAGCCCGGAAAGUACAACGCCAAGAAGUUCUGCCUGGAGCCCACCUCCUUCACCGUCAAAGCCGAGGGGGUGAGCAAGAACGCCCCGGCCGAGUUCCAGAGGACGAAGCUGAUGACCCGCCUCACCUACACCCUCGACGAGAUCGAGGGCCCCUUCGAGGUCUCCCCCGAUGGCGCCAUCAAGUUCGAGGAGAAGGACGGCAUCGACUACGCCGCGGUCACCGUCCAGCUCCCCGGGGGCGAGCGCGUGCCCUUCCUCUUCACCAUCAAGCAGCUGGUGGCCUCGGGCAAGCCCGAGAGCUUCAGCGGCAAGUUCCUGGUGCCCAGCUACCGCGGCUCCUCCUUCCUCGACCCCAAGGGCCGGGGAGGCUCCACCGGCUACGACAACGCCGUGGCUCUGCCGGCCGGAGGCAGGGGAGACGAGGAGGAGCUGAGCAAGGAGAACAUCAAGAACACCUCGUCGUCCACCGGGUCUAUCACGCUGAGCGUGACCAAGAGCAAGCCCGAGACCGGAGAGGUGAUCGGCGUGUUCGAGAGCCUGCAGCCAUCGGACACCGACCUGGGCGCCAAGACUCCCAAGGAUGUGAAGAUCCAAGGCAUCUGGUAUGCUCAACUGGAACAGUAGUCGUCAUCGUACGUUCCCCCCAAGGCGUUGUCCCUUCGUCUUCAUCUUCUUCUUGGCUUUUUCGCCUCUGUAUCAUUCCCGAACAACCGAGCGGACAUGCAUAUGGCAUUGCAACA